AUGGAGAUUACCCAACUCGAUCCGAUCACGCGUUUCAAAGAAAAUACAGAAAAUAGGCAUAUAUCUGACGUUGCGCAAUACGCCGCGCACAUCAUUCUGGCACUCGUGACGCCUCGCAUCGAACAUCAGUUGACGUCCCGACGCCGCGGAGUUGAGACGCACGGAUUUCUGGUAGCGUCGACGGUCCGCGCGAGAUCAUACGAGAAUGUGAACGUCGACAUUUUCCGGGAGGCAUGUAAUCGGAAAAAAAUGUGGCAAGUUUUCUGUUUGGCGAUAGUCCUCGCUGUGAAUUUGGCCCGGACUUGCCCGGACAUGUGUGGUUGUAGAAAACUUCCGUGCGACAACGCGGACCAGGAAUGUUAUUACACUGUUGUCCGCUGCGACGGCUACACUUACAAUUGGACAUUAUCUAAUACGACGACGGUUUUAGAGUUGAUUAACAUCGACGAUGAAUUUUGCGAGUUCGUGCAAACGUUGGGCGAACUGCCCCGACUGGAAACUCUAAGUUUGCUAAAUAGUGUUCCGUUUAACGUGAGUGAGUGUUUCGAGAGAUUGCCUCCGACGGUAACCCAAAUUAAAAUGCUGCAGAGCAAUCUCACGCAAAUCCCAAAUUUACCGGCAAACAAGUCGAUACUGUCAUUGGACUUUUCGCUCAACCAAAUUUCCACAGUUAGCCAGAUUAAAGUCGCGCGGACGCUGGAAUUGUUAAAUCUAAGUGCCAACUUUAUCUGCCAAAUUGAAUUAAAUGCGUUCGGCGAACUUCAAAACCUGAAAUAUCUAGACUUGUCGCGCAACAAGUUAACUCAAUUAGAAACUGGCGUCUUGGCCCCUACGAGAUCAUUGCAAUUCCUGAAUAUCAGCCACAAUAGCAUCGAGGUUCUGAAAGAAGAAAGUUUUGGCACUUUGGCACUACUCGAACAACUGGAUGUCUCCUGGAAUAAAUUGGCCCAAGUAAUACCGGGCAGCCUCCAGUUGCCCAGUCUGGCAAGAUUAUUACUAAAGGGUAAUCCCAGGCUUGGCAAAUCCCACGGUGUCCUUGUCGGUACGAGCAGAAAACUCCAGACAGUUGACGUGUCCGAAACUGGACUUCGCCAAGUGCCGUCCGCCCUAACGCAUUCCAUAAAAACGCUGAGGAUAGCCGGAAAUUCUAUCGAGGUCAUCAGCUGCGGCGACAUGGACCCGUAUCCCCUACUGCAGCUGUUGGAUUUAAGUUCAAACACACUUCGGUCGAUCGAAGACGACGCGUUGGGCAGACUGGAGUUUUUGUCGCUAUUAUACAUCUCAGACAAUAAUAUCAUAGAAAUCCCCAAGAGUUUACCGGAGGGACUCGUCGCGCUAUAUUUAGACUGCAACAGCGUCGAUAAAAUCUCAAGCGACGAUCUCGAAGGACUAAAACAGCUCGAAGUCCUCCUGUUGGGUGACAAUAACAUCCGAUACAUAGAAGCUGGUGCAUUUAAACAUCUAACGUCCCUCGUUACUUUGGAUUUAUCGAGGAAUCCCAUACGAAGCCUGUAUCCCGGAAGCCUCUCGGGGCCUCCCGCGCUUCAGGUCUUAAAGCUCUCCUCCAUAGACAUCAUAUCCUCUGCCAAAGACGUUUCGUUCCCACUCCCAUCGACCGAGCACCUAAUUAAUUUGGACUUAUCCAAAAGCCCCGGAUUAGCGAAGCAAUUGCUGGCAGAUACCGCGGCGUUGGCAGCAUCCAGAGAACUGCAGGAGCUCGACGUUUCUGCGACGAAUUUGGCCAAUAUCCGGUCCGAUUUGCUAGACUUCCUUCCCCAGUUAAGAUUAAUCCACAUAAAAGAUAAUAGGCUGAACUGUACCGACUUGCGCUGGUUAGCCAGAUGGCUAAGACGUCAUGCUUAUAACGAAUACAGAGACGUUGUUUGUGCCAAUCCGCUACAUCUCAGGGGCGUUCGUUUGAUUGAUUUACAAUACGUCGAAGUGCUCGUAAAUCACGCGAAAAAUGAGGGUAAAAAUACCAUUAAUCCGGAAAAAAAAACUAGUGUGGAGAAGAAUGCGAGUCUCUUGGGACAAUAUUCCGCUGAAGGAACACUCGAUGCGAUAAUAAACGACGUUAUAAAGAAUCCCGUCAACGGCGUCGGCGUUCCAGAAUAUAGGCGGACGUUAAAAACGUCGAAAAACAAAAUAUUGAGCUCCACUUCGAUCCCAUACAGUAUUAGUCAAACAGGUAAAAUCGCAAUUUCAGAAUCCAACAACAGCACAAUUUACCACGGAAACUUAGCCCCGAGGAAUAAUAAUUUAUCCAACGGCAGUGGCGGAGAUUUUAACGAGAGGGUAUUAAAUUCCAGCGAUAGCGAUGAUAAUAAGAUGCAAUGGAACAGCUCGACUUAUCAGAUAUCCAUGUACUCUAUUACCGAACAGCAGACCACAGUUCUACAUCCGGGCAUGAUCAUUUUAGCGGUGGGGAUGCUUUGCGGCAUCGCUACCUUGGCAAUGUUGGCGGCACGGCUAAAGACCAAGAAUAAGAGAGCCCGCGGCAACAGAGACAUCUGCCGCGAAGAUAUCGAAGUGACAAGUUUGCCGGAAUUAUGGUGACGGUAUAGGAAUAGAGACGACGACAGACUCGCUCUGUAUGAGACUCCAAUUGCUUGUGAUAAAAUUGAAUAAUUCUAUUUUAUAACUGACUGUAACGGACGCGGAGAUUUUUGUAUUUCAAACACUGUAAUAUAAUGUAAGAAAAAUGAAGCAAAAGCGGUAGAGAGGGAGUCGAUUUAUAUUUGUAUUAUAAUUAACAAUAUAUGUGAAAUGAAUAGGAUAUUUGUUGUGUUGGAUUUGAACAAAAAAUGAUGAUAUGUCUCAUUGAAAUAAUAAAUCGGUU